GGCGAAAGAAGAGGUCUCGUUCCAGAUCAAAGAGUAGAGAGAGAAGUCGGAGAUCACGCAGUCGAGAAAGAAAUAAGGAACGCAAGAGAUCUCGCAGUAGAAGUGUUGAAAAGGGAAAAGACAAAACUAGCAAGAGACCAAGAGAAAAAGAAAAAGAAAAGGAGAGAAAGAGAAAAAGAUCAGCAAGUGGCUCCCCAGCAAGUGGAGCAUCAACAAGCAGAAGUCGUAGUCGUAGCCCUGCUCCCAGAAAAAAGGACAAAGACAGUCAACGAAAGCGAAGAUCUCGCAGCAGAAGCUAUGAAAAGAGAAAGAAGGAAAGGCCUCGUAGUAGGGAAAGAGAAAGAGAUAAGGAAAGAGAUAGAAAAAGACGUUCAAGAAGCCGCAAUCGUUCAACUUCUUCUGGUUCACGAUCUAAGAGUAAAAGUCCUGAACAAAAAAAGUCUAAGUCAAGGUACAGUACUGUUCAAAAGUAAGUUGAAAGUCUAUUACAAGUCUCAACUUGACUUGAUUUCAAAACUUGAUUCCCGCACAAAUCAAGAAUUGAGAACAAAAUAUCGAGGAUCAAGUUGAGAAUUAAGUCUUGCAAGACGGGGAACAUUAAAUUCACCAAUAACUGAUUUCUGAAUUUCUUUUUACUUUGACAUACAGUGUAGCACAAAACGUAACUUUUGUAUCUUACUCAGGAAUGAAAUUUUUUGGACUGUGCUUUUUUGUUAUCAUUGAAUUUCUUUGAUUUAGUCUCUUGCUUUUCUAUGAUAGUCGAGACAAAAGAAGACGAGAUGAUGAGGACAGCUCGGAUAGAAGCAAGGACACUAAAAAAUCCAAAGAGGUAA